AUACCCGGACUUUUUCCACCACACGGUGAUCAUGCUAGUUUGUUAUUUAUAAUAUAAAAUAAUUACGACGUAUAAUAAAAUAGUUAGUAACCACACAUUUUACAAGUAUGGAUCAUGUCGUGGCUUCAUUCUAAUUGGACAAUAUCUGAGUGUAUCCUCCGCAUAGGUCUCAAUGUUCAACCUCGAGCCGGAACUUGAUUUGUCAAAUCUGGAACCACCGGAGGUGAUUGAAGUGAUUCGCAAAAAUCAACCACAGACCGUAAUUCCUCCAGAACUGGAAGAUGAAAAAAUCGCUGUUGUCGCCGUGAUCGGAUCUGGAAUCACAAAUUACACCGGAUUCAAACGAGCUUUCAGACUUGCGAUUGACGCAUUUGGGAAUGUUCGCAUCUUGGGUAAAAAGUCGAAACAACAAGAACGCAGCAGUAGGGACAAUGAAGAGACCGAAAAGUCGGAAGAAAUACUUCAAGUCGUAGAAAAUGUGGGGUCAGAAGAUCAACAAGUUGAAACCGGCGAUGGGGUUUGGAACACGGACGAGGAGAAAGUGGAUAAAGAUCAGACAAAGCCAUCCAAAGUAAAAGCUGCUCCUACAAUCAAUGAUGAUAAGAAUAGAGACUUAUUACUGAACACGUGUGAAAUUGACGCAUUUUUUGCAAAAUCAGAAGCGAUUCUAUUCCUUAACCUAAGUGGUGCAGAUGACCCGUUAAAAUUACUUGAUGCAGCAGAAGAGCUGCAACAAAGUAUUCAAAAAUCGGGUUUACUUCCAGUUUGGUCAACUAUGAAGUCCAUUUACUGUCGAUACUUGCUCCUCAUCUUUUCUCUCUCGCAUGUUAUAUUCUUCUCCGAGAGUAGAAGCUCCUUUAAUACUAAUUAUUUACACCUUUUUCGAAUUCUUGAUUCUGUAAGAUUAUUAAUUAAGCCAACAAUGAGUAAAGUGUUGGAGAAAGUUGGAACGCUAACUAAGGAUUGGAGUUACCAUGCAAGAAUUUGUUCACCACGGAUGCUGUUUCUUUUCGAGGUUGAUCCAGGCAGUUCGGCCUAUGACCUCACGGCAAAAAAUUUUCAUUUUGGAGAAUCUGAUAAAAAGCAGGCUCAACUGGAAAGUCAGAUCUACAACAUAUUUAGAAAAUGCAGACUUGUAACAAAUAUUAGUGCCAACUCAUUAUUUGCCAUUCCUUCCGAAGAAGACUAUAUCUUUCUUUUCGACAAGACGGCUGAAAAAGUGUCCUGUCUCGACACAUCACCUCAAGAAAUAUAUAAAGAAACAAUUGCUCAGGCAUGUAAUAUGGAAACAACGGGUGACAAUCUACUCACAUCGCUCUUCCCAACAUGCAAAAGUGCAUCGGGGACAAGUAUUCAAUAUUUAUCUGGGGCAUCGCUUCAAGGGCAGUCCCUUUAUCCAGUAUCUUACCAUACAAUUCUCAAUCAGUUCAAAGAAUUCAUUUUGCAUCAUACUCGUAUGGCACUGGAGAAAGGAUUUGAUGACGACAGUCGAAGAGUUGCAGAGCACAAGCACUUUUUCGUUGUUCCUACUCUGGGCGAGUGGAAGAUUGGUUUUCAGAUUUUAUACGACGUUCUUCUUAACCCAGGCAAUAAAAUGAAGAGAGUGACGGAAGGGUUCGACAAACUCAUGAGGUACAUUAAUGUGGACUCGGAAUACCUUCAUAGUCAGUGCUCAACAAUUUUCCCCAAGAUAUUCGCUGUGUACCAAAGGGGACUUCCGGAAUUUUAUUCUGAACAUACUCAUCGACGUCGGUUAACCCAUGCUAUGAAUGCAUACCUGACCAUAUCGCGAGGACAUGGAAUACUACCCUGGUUAAAUAAAUUGGCUGAGAAGUGCGAGCAAUAUUGGAGAAGAGGUCGACAACAGUGUGAAAUCUUGAGUCUGUUUAACCACCCUUGUGUUAAUCCUCUACAUCGGGUUCCUCCUGAUGACAGCUUAGAAAUCUAUCCAGCUCCUGAACUCGAUUCAAGUCUUCAAGAAAUGAAACAUAAUGCUGGCGGUAGAAUAAACUCUCAUUGCAACUGUGGGAGAAAAGAAGGGUAUAGAGAUGAGCCGUUUACUAUACGUGAAGCAAACUUUGGCUUUUAUCAAAGAAUUGGGAAAGAUUGUUGUGAUCGACUAGAAUGCAUCCAAUUUCCUGUCUUUACACCCACAGCUAAAUCCGAGUUAUCGUUGGAAGACAUGCUGAAAAUUUUGAAAUUAAAAUCUGAUGCUCAACAAAAUGAUCUCAACAACAAAGUUUGCGUAGAAGAUAAACAUUCGUAUGCAUCCCAACUAAUGGAAAUCGACUUACGACAAGACGAGAAUGAAAUGGGCGAUGAAUGCGACGACCCUUCAGACGUUAGUCAGGAGAGUCAAGAAAUGAACGAAGUGUCUGAAGAAAUACAAAACGAUUCGACUUCAAAAUAUGAUGAUUCAGAGAGUGCUUCUACUGCUGGUACACUUGUGUUUGAGAAUGCUGAGCAGGCUUCACACAACUACUCUGACCAAUCUGAAUAUCUCCCUGGAAUGAUACAUUCAAAAUCACCGAUUGGAUUACUUCCAAAAUUCUCAUCUUGGUCUCUUCUCAGACUGGGGAUGUCAAGUUUGUACAAUCACUCAUCUGGUAUUUCGCCAAGGACUGGAUUCCUAUCCGGAACGCAUUAUCUCUUACCUUGGGAUGUUCAAGUGAAAGCUGAGGCAGGCGUUUCAAAACCAGUUCCUCGGAUUAUUCGGGGUCGGAGACAUUCUACCAAACCCAAGCCAAUUUCAGAUGAAUUCAACGUCAAAGUAUUUUUUGGUUACGAGUAUGAAUGUCAUCGAGGACAUCGCUUCAUGGCAAAUGAUGUAGACAAAAUUGUAAAUUUCAAUAUUGGGAAUGUAGGACUGCGAGAAUCUGCAGCUAAAAUUGCAGGGUCAGACUUGCCAUUAUACUUUAACUGUCCUUGCAAAGAAAGUCGCGACGGACGAACAAUGAUUGCUCAACUACUUCGAGUUCAUAUUGUUACCCCAAAGGCCCCCGUCCAUUGCAUGAUUUUUCCCAAAGUCCAACCAGCCAGUUCGCCUUGUCCUGUAUUCACUCCUGGAAUUUCCGAUCCAGUCAAACUUGCUCCUUCGUCAUACUGGGUUUUAAGACUACCAUAUUGCUAUGUUGGGGAUCAUCAGAUUUAUAGCCCCACAACGGACGAUAGGUCAAAUUCAAAACUGCUCAAGGAACUAAUAAGUGUAAAGUCAAUGACUAAAGCAGAAACAAAACUUUGGGAAAAUGAUAAUUUGUAAGCCGAAAAUUGUUCGUUUUUAUAUUGUAUUUUUAUUAAACUCUUUGCAAUAAAUCAUUACAUUUCUAUUAAUAUGCUAAAAAGUUAAUAAAAGUUGAGUCACUA